UUAAAAAAAUGUUUCUUCUAGAAUAUCCUUAUCGAACAUGACGGCAGAUGUGAAUGUUGGGCUGGUGCUGGAAGACGACGCCUUCUCGUUUGUGAACCCUGGUAUAGACUUCAUGCAUGACGAGGUUCUGGUCAAGCUGUCGUGGCCUUCGCCACAAAAGAGCGGGGGCUAUGACUUCGCUACGACAGAACAAUUGGCAAAACAUAUUGACGACUUACCGCUCACGGCGGCGAUAUCAUUGCCGCUAUACGCGCUGCUCCGGGACAAACUGCAAAGGCACCUCGCGGUGGUGCUGAGACAGGCCACCAGCGUCUCUGAGGUCGUCUGCUGCAACCCCAGCCUUCUGGAAGCUUACAGCGACAUGGCGGCGUGCCUGGCCGAGAGCGGCAACAAGGUGGUGGACAUGGUGCUGAUCAACAUGCGGCGCACGCUACUGCAGAGCUGUCACGAGGUGCUCGAGCUGCCGCCUCUGCAUGCCACCUUCAUGCACAAAAUAGGGUCGAUAUCGUUUAUAGGCAAGUUCGAAACCGACACGGGCUGGGUCAAGAACCUGGCCACCAUCAACCGCGUGAGUGACGUCAGCGUCAGCCGCCCCGACCCCGUCAAGACUUGCUUUCAUUUCACGCUAAGGAUAAAGGACUUACAGAUCGGCUACGACGACUACCGGAUAAAGGCGAUGGGCGUGUCUUGUAGCGGGCGGCUCGCGGCUGCCUUCGCGCACAGCUCCUUGCACGUGGCGCUGACGGUCGGGCUCGCGCGUUGGGAGCCCUACGCGCAAUUAGAUGACCUACGCGUGCAGCAUAUGGACUCAAUGGACCUGCACAUCACGGGUCUGGGCCCGCUGAGCGGCGUGUGCCCACUGGUGGGCGCGUGGGCACGCGGCGCGGGCGUGGCUCAGGCGGCGCCGGCUCUGGCCAGGCAGCUGCAACGGGAGUUACACGCGGCGCUCGCUGAACUACCGUUAUGGGACAUGCUGCACGGGAAGCAGUGAGCUUUGGCGCUCGCGAGGCAGCUGCAACGAGAGUUACAUGCAGCGCUCGCUGAACUACCGCUGUGGGACAUGCUGCACGGGAAGCAGUGAGCUGUGAGAUGCUAACCUUUAAGCAGCGUCCAAACGAGCAUAGUUUACGACGCGUUUCUUGAGUCUACACUAAAGUUCAGUGUGAACUUCACAACGACGUAAAAUGUGUUGGAAUUUGAAAUCACGCUACAAAAAUUACGCUCUUUGGCGUUAGAUUUUUCACUAAUUUAAGUCCUUGACAAGGAAACUUGGACGUACAGAGAAUUAGGGGGGUAUAAUAGCUCUAUUUAUAAUACAAUCCACUGCUCUCAUUUCGACGUUUCCAUGUUGAGUUCCCUACAUUUUGGUCCUUCGAGCCGGACACAC